AUGAAAAAGGUUGGACCUGAAAGAUCAGAUUCACUUUACACUGCUACUCUCAAAAUUUCAGGCAAAGAACACAUGCUGAGUGAACUGGCUCAAAUUGUUACAAAAACACCAACACUAGCCCAUUUACACGUAUUCGAUCAGACACAAACACUGCAUAUCUUACAGGCAAUACAAGCUGUAAAUAGUACGUGGAGUGGGGAAAUUUCGGGUAGCUCCAAAAUCAUUCUCAAAAUUCCAAAACACCAGAGUGGCCACAAAGUCAAAGAAUUGAUUGAUAAUGUGCGAAAAAUACAUCAAAAUGGAGCCAAUCGCAUAGAUUUGGUUCGUAAAAGGGGCCAAAAUCAUAUAGAUAAAGUGCGCGCUGAUCCGAAAUGGCAUAAACACAAUUCGGCCAUUCUGAAAAAUGCCGCCGAAAAAGCUACCUCGUCUCUUACCAAAUUAUCAAAGGAAUUGGUUAAGAAUUUUAUUGGUUAA